CACUGUACAGCAAUGUUGGGGUCCUCCGAGACUUAUUUAGAACAUUUGGGUUGCUGUAAUUAACUCUGUUGGUAAAACAAGUGGUUUCAUAGAUUAACCGACUCGAAUUGCGACUAAUGCGUAUUACCGUGGGAAACUGAAAAGCGAGCUGCAAUGACUGUAGUAAUUGGGUUUGAAGGCAGUGCCAAUAAGAUUGGUAUAGGAAUCAUUAGAGAUGGUGAAGUUCUUUCCAAUCCUCGACGAACUUACAUCACUCCCCCAGGUCAAGGAUUCAUGCCGAGCGACACAGCCAGGCAUCACCGUGCUGUCAUACUGACUGUCCUGAAGGAGGCUCUGGAUCAAGCUGGGCUAAAGCCUGCAGACAUUGAUUGUGUGGCUUACACCAAAGGUCCUGGUAUGGGUGCCCCCUUAGUAACGACGGCUCUGGUGGCUCGUACAGUUGCACAGCUUUGGGGAAAGCCGCUCCUUGGUGUGAACCACUGUAUCGGACAUAUAGAGAUGGGUCGACUCAUCACCAAAGCCAACAACCCCACUGUGCUGUAUGUUAGUGGGGGGAACACACAGGUUAUUGCAUACUCGGAGCGACGGUAUAGAAUAUUUGGGGAGACCAUUGACAUUGCAGUUGGGAACUGUUUGGAUAGGUUUGCCAGAGUUAUAAAGAUUUCUAAUGACCCCAGUCCAGGUUACAACAUAGAGCAGAUGGCCAAGAAAGGGAGUCAGUAUGUGGAGUUGCCAUAUACAGUUAAAGGAAUGGAUGUCUCAUUUUCUGGGAUCUUAUCCUACAUUGAGGAGGCUGCUCAUAAGAUGCUGAGCUCUGGUCAGUGUACAGCAGAGGACCUGUGUUUCUCACUUCAGGAGACAUUAUUCUCCAUGCUGGUCGAGAUCACAGAGAGGGCGAUGGCUCACUGCGGCUCCCAGGAGGUCCUCAUCGUUGGGGGUGUUGGCUGUAACCUGAGGCUACAGGAGAUGAUGGAGGUGAUGUGUAAGGAGAGAGGAGCCAAGCUGUUUGCCACAGAUGAACGUUUCUGUAUAGACAAUGGUGCCAUGAUUGCUCAAGCUGGUUGGGAGAUGUUCAGAUCUGGUCAGGUGACACAACUGGAGGAAUCAUGGAUAACACAAAGGUUCAGAACUGAUGAAGUGGAGGUGACGUGGCGAGACUGACAUAAUGGCUUCGAGCUAGAAGAAAAAAAGGACCCCUCAACUGUGCUGCAUUUGGCCUUUUCAUAACCAGAUAUUUGAUUUGGUAUAGUCAUAAGUCCUGCAAGAUUAACAGUACUGGAGGUUUAUUGUGGGAGUCUUGUUUACAUUAAUUUUACAAGCUUCCUUUAGGGGUGAGGGGCCAAGCUGAAACUGAAGAGCAUAUUCUGAGAUUAUGUUUACUCACCUUUGCUAAACACCGUUUAAGAAACAUGAACAGAAACUAUUUUUGACUUUCAGCCUGUACAGACGCAAUUAAGAUUUCACACAUUCAAAUAAAAGGAUGAUGGACAA